AUUUAGCAUUUGUUAAAAACCUCUUUCAAAAAAUAAAAUUCUUCAUUCAUCUAUUUGUUCUUUCUCCUUUUAUCUUUGUGACAUCGAGCGUUACGAAGUUAGCUAGGUUCAGUUCUGCUCGUUAUAAAGUUAUUCUUUGUCAGUUGGUCAGGUUCAGUUCUGAUCAUUAUAAAGUAAGUUAUUCUUGUUCAGUUGUUCAGGUUCAGUUCUGAUCAUUAUAAAGUUAUUCUUGUUCAGUUGUUUAGGUUCGCUUCUGAUCGUUAUAAAGUUAUUCUUGUUCAGUUGGUCAGGUUCAGUUCUGAUCGUUAUAAAGUUAUUCUUGUUCAGUCGGUAAGGUUCAAUUCUGAUCAUUAUAAAGUUAUUCUUAUUUAGUUCUGACAUUCUUCGAACCAAAAUGGCAACUAAGCCUAACGGCACCACUACUACAAACCCCACCACCACAACCACGACCACGAACCCUACUGUGAAAAAACAAACGUACAAUCCAAAAAGCCAAAUGUACAACCCGAACCGCAUCCCUUAUAGACCAAACCGCGGUCGCAACCAUCGUGGCCGCGGUUGCAACUGUCGUAGAUAUUUUUGUCGAUGUUGUUGUUGGACUAUUCUCGUUAUUUUUGUCAUUCUUGUCCUUGCAGCUAUCGCGAUUGCAAUUUUUUACUUCCUUUAUCGUCCUCAACUCCCUUCAUUUUCAAUAUCUUCUCUCAAAAUAUCGCAUUUUCAUCUCACUACAUCCUCCGAUGACGCUACAAGACUCACCACUAAAUUCAACGUAACUCUGUCCACCAAAAACAAAAACAAGAAACUCGUUUACACUUACGAUCCGAUCGCGUUAACCGCAAAAUCAUCAAACCAAAUUGAGCUAGCAAAUGGAAACUUUCCAAAAUUUACUAGUACACCAAAUAAUGUUACAAUUAUACAUUCAACAUUAUCAAUUGUAUCACAAGUUCUUGAUGUUGAUUCUCUUACAAGUUUGAAAUCAGACAUGAAGACAAAAAGUGGAUUGCCUAUGAAGAUUUUGUUGGAUACAAAAGUUGUUGUACAAAUGGACAAAUUGAAAAGUAACAAAGUGGGGAUUAGAAUAACAUGUGAUGGUAUCAAUGGACAAAUACCUAAAGGGAAAAAUCCAACUUUGGCUUCAAUUACAUCUCCAAAAUGUAAAGUUGAUUUGAGAAUCAAGAUUUUGAGAUGGACUUUCUAGUUACAUCUUCACCUUUUCUUGUUUUUUCGGUCUGUGGUAUCUGAUAUACGCUUUGAGUUUUCAUGUCAGAAAGUUCAGGCAAAGUGCUUCCUUUCAAGACAAUAUCACUAUCAAUGUUCCAACUCAGAGCCCUAUAAUCAAUCGUGAUGGAGUACUUACAAUAUUUUUUUUUUUUUUUUUUGUUGUUGUUGUUGUUGCCAAGUGUAAUCAUAUUUUUGUAAUUCAAUAUUUAUUUUUGAGUUUUUUGAAAAUCAAGAAUGGUAAAGAAUCAAGGUGUUGGAAAUAUAUAAUAAGGGCAUGUUGAUUUUGUU